AUGGCCGAGAAGUGCGACUGCCUGGCCAGCCUGUACGGCUACGACCUGGGCUGCCGCUUCGUCAACUUCCGCCCCUUGGGCUUCGGGGUCAACGGGCUGGUGCUGUCGGCCCUGGACAGCCAGAGCUGCCGCAAGGUGGCGGUGAAGAAGCUGACGCUGGGGGACGCGCGCAGCCUGAAGCACGCCUUCCGUGAGGUCAAGAUCGUCCGCCGCCUGGACCACGAGAACAUCGUCAAGGUCUACGAGGUGCUGGGCCCCAAGGGCGCCAGCCUGCCCGGGGACUGCUUCAAGUUCAACGUGGUGUACAUCGUCCAGGAGUACAUGGAGACCGACCUGGCCCGGCUGCUGGAGCAGGGCAAGCUGGCGGAGGAGCACGCCAAGCUCUUCAUGUACCAGCUGCUGCGGGGCUUGAAGUACAUCCACUCGGCCAACGUCCUCCACCGCGACCUCAAGCCGGCCAACAUCUUCAUCAGCACCGAGGACCUGGUGCUGAAGAUCGGGGACUUUGGGCUGGCCAGGAUCGUGGACCAGCAUUACUCACACAAGCUCUUUUUCUUCCAAAAACCCAUUUCAUUUCUGUAUUUCACCCCAUUGCUGACCAUCAUUGAGCAGAACAGGGGUUCUUACACUCCAAAUGAAACUCAGACAAGGCUAGACCAGUAA